AUGCAGCAACAACCGCACUCCGGCCAGCAACCGUCCGGGGGGGCGCCGAACGGGGUGGCGGGGGGCGCCCAAUUGCCACAAACAGGUGGCAUAAGUCCGGCGCAACCUGGCGCGACCGGUACCGCCACCAAUCGCGCGCAAGUUAACGGGGGCAGAUUCGACUUUGACGACGGUGGGACCUACUGCGGCGGCUGGGAAGACGGAAAGGCCCACGGCCACGGCGUGUGCACCGGGCCCAAGGGUCAGGGCGCCUAUUCUGGCAGCUGGCACUUCGGCUUCGAGGUAUCCGGCGUCUACACCUGGCCUAGCGGGUCAGCCUACGAGGGACAAUGGCAGAACGGCAAGAGACAUGGCCUGGGUAUGGAGACCCGUGGCCGUUGGCUUUACCGGGGAGAAUGGACUCAGGGGUUCAAGGGUCGUUACGGGGUCCGGCAGUCUACUACCUCCACGGCGAGAUACGAGGGCACAUGGUCCAGCGGUCUGCAGGACGGUUACGGCUCCGAAACUUACGCCGACAGCGGUACUUAUCAAGGCCAAUGGCUCCGCGGCAUGCGGCAUGGAUACGGGGUGAGGGCGAGCGCACCGUUCGGUUUGGCUAGCCACUACAAACCUCCGAAGCAAGUGAGAGCGUCCUUGACGUCGUUAAGGAGCGCCGACGGAGGACCAGCGGUCGCCCCGACGCCGGAACCCACCGACAGGAGGGAUCGACGCGUGGACGACAGCCGAGGGGGAUUCGUCCUGAAAGCCAGGAGCGACGAUCCACCCGCUCGGAGAAAGAGCCUCACUGAAAAGUCCCUGAAGAAGGGCAUUCUCUCGGGUCUCAAGAUACGAAAGCAGAGGAGUACGGGAGAUUUGGAGAAGCGCGGUACUGGUGGUAGUAUCAGAAGUAAUGCCAGCUCGGCGUCGUGGAUGUCGACCGAGAGCUCGCAAAGUCAAGCCUCGGCGUCGGUUCACACAGACAGUAAUGCGUCCUUUGUCAUCGAGGACGAACAGAUGGACGCGUCGGUAACUGAGACGUACUUGGGCGAAUGGAAGAACGACAAGAGGACCGGCUUCGGCAUAUCCGAGAGAAGCGACGGGUUGCGAUACGAAGGCGAAUGGUUCAACAAUCGCAAAUAUGGCUACGGCGUCACCACGUUCCGCGACGGCAGUAAAGAGGAGGGAAAGUACAAAAACAACGUUCUUAUCACCAGCCAGAAGAAGAAGCAUCUCUUCUUGAUCAGGUCCGCCAAGUUCCGUGAAAGGAUAGAGGCGGCGGUGAGCGCAGCUCAACGGGCGAGCAAGAUCGCCUUGCAGAAGGCCGAUAUCGCUAUCUCUAGGACAGCGACGGCGCGGGGUAAGGCGGAGCUGGCCGAUAUCGCCGCCGAACACGCCAGGGAGGACUCCGAACUGGCGCAACAAACGGCGAGGCAGUUCGCGCCGGACUUCCGGCAGCCGGGUUUAGAGAGGUUGCGGAACAGGGAGAUACCCAAGUAUGUUCCGCCGCCGCAGGAUUCCGUGCCGGGUAAAAGUAUCCUGCACAAGACAGCCAGCGUGGACCAACCCAGCGGCGCCACGCCGAUCAAGAACGCCUCGUUGGCCGUCGACUCCACAACGACGGCGACAACGACAACGACGAAUGCGACGCCGGCGAACAACACCGCCAGCAACGUGAUGCAGUCGAUACGUAGGACCAGUAUGAAGCCGCUGUCGCAGAAUCAGCUGCCGCCCAUGCAUAAUCAGAUACCGAAUCAGGUGCCGCUGACGAACCAGGCGUCCAUGAACCAGCUGAACGCGCAGCAGACUUCGCUGACCGGUCAGAAUCCGUACCAACAGUAUCCGUAUCAUCAGCAGAGCGUGUCGCAGAACCCGGCUCCAACGAGCCAGUACCCGAACAGUAUACCAAACCAGUACCAACCAAACCAGUAUAGCCAGCACCCGCAGUACCAGAACAAUCCGUACCAGUCGCAGUAUCAACCGGCUAAUCCAUCUCAGGUUGAACAAUACUCCGGUUAUCAGCAACAGCAGCAGCAGCAACCAAUCGAGUCGCACGACUUUCAAAAUUUGCAGGCUUAUCCCAGUCAGCAGGUGACUCCGCUAACGGCAAUACCCAAUCAAUAUGGGCCUGGCCAAAUGAAUCAGUACAAUUCACAGUCGAUGUACGCGCAACAAACGCAUCCGCAGUACCAGUCUGAUGGCAUCAUGGAUGCGGCAAGGCCGCCGAGCUCCACGAGUUUACGAAGAAACAGUAGAGUCCUGAGUCCUCAGGAUCGACCCGGCACUAUUAGCCAAACGUUAAAUGACAGGCUGGAUCACUACAAGAGGCCACCUAGUCGCGACAGUUCCGUAGAUCGUUAUGCCAGAGCGCAUUCCCGGUUGAUAGGAUCGAGACAGCCAUCCGUCGACAAAACCAUACCGAAUCCAUCCCUGGACAUGCUCGACAGGUGAGUAACAUCUGAAUGGGCAUAGCGAUUGACAUUCGAAAACAUUUAACUAUUCCGGUUCGUUGAAAACAAUUGUUUUGUUUUUGCGAUCGGCAGAUCGACAAGAGCCCCGAGCGCGGUACGGGCGGGGACGCCGCUGAACGGUUCCGUGAUAGGCAGCGGCGCUGCGACGCCGACGUACAACGCGCCAACUCCCAGCCAGUUCGAGGGGGCUCUCAUAAAAAACCGUGGCCUUGGACAGGACAUUCUGCCGAGUCCUGGGCAGCCUAAGCGCACCGAGAGCCUCUACGUGGCUCGCGGACCGUCCGGCGGCGGCGGCGGCGGCGGCGGCGGCGGCGGCGGCGGCGGUGGUGGUAUUGUGCCGAAGGCGAUGCCGGUGGCGGCAAUGCCCCUUCAACGAAAGAAGUCACUGCCGGACGUGGCGCAGCCGAUCCAGCUCACGGCCACCGCACCAUUGUCGAGGGAAGAAGUCAGUAUUCUGAGCAGCAUGAGGAGAGAGGAGAUUCGCAGGCAAAUCGACGAGAGCGAGAGGCUCAGGGCAAACCCGCUUUUAUAUUUGGUCAGUCCGCAGGUUAAAGACUGGUUCUCCCGCCAGCAGCUCGUGAUGCUGGUGCUCUUCAUCAACAUAUCUCUAGCUUUGAUGUUCUUCAAGCUGCUGACGUAGCAGCCAGCCGACGAUCGGGUUCACGGACUCGUGAACGUGGACGUGACCUGAGACCCGGUGGCACCGCGACGAAUUGGGUCGUCACCGAGCCAGAAUUUCGAAGAAAAAAAAAACGGCAAUGUGGCCGCACCAAGAAUCGCCGGGAACGGCUUUCACGAGCGAUGCACUCGGUCUUACGCGCCGCGGGCGCUACGCUACGAGGGGGAAUAUUUGUGAAUCGAGACCGAAGCGAAAAGGGAGCCCAAAGAGGAUCAGUCCUAGCGGAGAUUUUGUCGCGCGAAAGCGACCGUAAUCGAAUUUCGUGCGAUCGCGAAAAUCUAAGUAGUCGAGUGAAAAGAGGAAGCAGCGAGAUGGGAACGUCUCUCCGAGACUUACAACGGAUUCGCUUUUGAAUAUUGUAAAUUAAAAGGGACUUAAGCGUUAUAAAAGGAAAGAAAAAGGAAAGAGCAACGGUACAGAAGAGCAUAGUAGUUUAAAAGAGUUUAGAUGACGAUUGCAUUCUCGAAGGUUUUUCGCACUCCAGAAACAGGUUCUAAUGACCUGUCCAUGACAAAAUUUUUUCUGACAAAGCGUUUUAGAGAUUUGUCGCUGAGAUCCUUUUUAAUUGACAGACUAAUAUUUAUUGGACAAUUUUUGAAGAAAAAAAAAACGAUGAAACUCCUGGGCGCACAGUUUGUCGUUUGCGCGAGAGGGAGACAUCGACACGUCUUUUGGAAAUGGGAGGCGCGUGCUGCGCACUCUCAACGCCUGUAUCAUACCUAUUUUUACACCAAAUACUUUAAUAACGCUACUUGUAAGAGUAGAUCGAGCCCUCUUUCGGGCGGGCCGCCGAUCGAUCGUAUUCGACAUACGAAUCUUCUUCUCUAGUCAUAAUUUUCUCUUUUCUGACGAUCGGCUCGAGCGCAGCAAGUAUAAUAGCGACGAUCGAAUUCUAUGUACACGAUUGAUUUUUGAACGACGAGUCAGCGCCGCUUGCCGCGAGCACUUUUAAGGGAGAAUUUAUACCUUGACAGAAAAACAGAAAACAGAAAAGCAGAAGCCAAUCAAUUGAUAACUUAAGUUGCACUUAAUUACUAAGUACUAACAAGUGUAGCACUUGAUAGCUAAGUGCAACUUCUGAUUGACAGAUCUGCACUGUUCUGUUUUCGGAUUUUCCGUCAAGGUGCAAAUUCUCCCUAAUUAAAGCUAACGCUGUUGGAUUCAAAGCGGUAUUCAAGGUCGAAUUAUCCGAAUCAUAAUUACGGCUAUUCCCCUAAAGGUAGCGAUUAAUUGUUACUUAGCAAUGAUCGUAAUUGUAGCCGUGAUGCUGACGCGCGCGACGUAGAUUCAUUAACGCGCAUCCGAGCAUUUAUAGCGUUCCACAACGAUUGCGGUAAAUUUGUAAGUCGUAAGUUUACUAUAAACAGAAGAGAGAGAAAGAGAGAGACAUAGAAAGUUCUCACAGUCCUCGAAUUUUUACGAGCUCUGCGGGAUUAUAGUUACAAUUACCACGGUUGACUAUCGAUGAGAUCUGAAUCCAUCGAAUCGUGUUCCGUUUAGAUUAUGGAGUUUCUCGGAUAGCGAAAUGUGUCAAUUCGGAUGUGAAUUUGCGAACAAGUUGAGAGAAACGUUUCGGCUACGAAUAUAAAUUAGCUUUCGGAUAAGAGAUCGAAGGUCGAUACGCUUGUUAUUUAUUGACGCGAAGACUUGACAUUGUUUUCCCUGAAUUACGCUUUACAUUCUACGUCUAAGAAAAAUAUUAGCGCUGAAAACCCGGAUGACUCAUAGCGUAACAAUCGCGUCGCACGCGAUCGCGAUAACAUCGUUCACCGAGACGACGCAAAAUCGCAACGUGUAUUCUGUACAUAUAAACAUCAGCGGGCUCUUAUCGACGAAUGUCUGUCGAGCGUCGAAAUUAGAAGCAGAUUAAGCACACAUGACUUUCGACGAGAUCUCGAGGACGUCUCUCGCGGAAGAAGACGAUUAUCCCGUGACUAUUCGAGACGUAAAACUAGUAUCAAAACGCUCUUUGAUCCAUCGAUAUAUCGGCGACUCGCCGAAGUUUAUCUCGUAAUUUCGCGAAAACGCGCACAAAUCGCGAGAGUUAUCUCUCGCAUUCCCUCUCCCACGAUGGAUCGACGAUCGGCCUUCCUGCGCUCGAGCGACCGUAUUUUUUCUAGCCUCGAGGGCAUAGCUUGUAUAUCUCUAGGUAAAUUUGUAAAUAAUCGUGUAAUACGCCGAUUGCGAUUGCAAGACUUUGCAGACUUUGUUCACACUACACGCGACAACCGUUCUCGCGCGCUCUCGGAUGCCGAAUUUGGCCGGAAAGCGAGAGGAUCACCGAAAGUCGAGAUCGUCUUUUAACUCGAAGGAUCUCGCUCUUGUUCAUAGCGAAACUAAGCUUCUCUCUUAUUCCUCUGCUUUUGACAGUGCCAAUGACGUAGCCAGUGUACUUCCGCGAGGGUAAAUUUGAUCGGCGACGUAUGCACUCGCGUUCAAAUUGUGCCCCGAAAUCCGAAAGUCUUUGUUCAAGCGCGAGCACGAAGUUGAAAUAUGAAGCAUUCGAUCGAGAUGCAACGGAACGAUAUUUUGACGCUAUCCAUACUGAAGCUGCGAAAAGCACAAAAGAGAAAAAUUAUUCUUGUCCGCCAAGUUUCGCUGGGCAAGUCGAACGAACCCAGGAUUUACCAGGAUUGUCAAAUUCGUAAUGCUGGGGUUUACGUCUGGCAUCUAUCUCGCGAUACACGUUUGUGCCUGACAGUAACGUGAUUGAUUCAAUGUUAAAGAAUUUCUCCAAUAUUAUAGUCUAUGAUAAGAGAAAACGGUAAACUGAGAGAAGUAUCGAAUAGAAAUGUCAAACGUAAAGCCGGCUGGCAUACUUAAAAAGGACAGGGUCAUAUAGAAGAAAAAACCGGAAGAAGGUCGCGUCGGCACGAAAUAAGUUGAAUGUUCCAGCUUAGAAGAAGGUCCGAAAGUUUUGUGUGUGUGUAUGUGUGUGUGCGUACGUGUGUGUAUGUGUGUAUAUGUAUGUGUGGUGUGUAUGUACGAGGUGCAUUCGCAUAGAUACUAUACCUAUUACGCACAUUCGCCGUUUUGCGGGUCAUGCAUUGUAUAUAUAUUGCUACUAUACAUAUAAAAUUUAUUAGUUAGUUAUCGGAGAGAAACUAGAAAAGAUUUGAUAUUGAAUAACGUUGGGAGGAAACAUUCAUCGGGAACAAGAGGGGACUGGAGUCGGGAAAGAGAGAACAGGGCGAGGCGGGAGGUAAUUUUCGUCACCGAACAAGCCAUAUCAUUUAAUCAAAGGAAAUUUACGCGAUUCGUAUUGUUUUAUUUAUCGAAUGGGGAAAUUGUUUUCGCGAUGUACGAUGCGAUGUCAUAAUAUGUACAUAUUAUGAUCACGUAUAUAUAUACAUAUACGUAAGAGCAUAUGUAUAUUUCACUUGUUAUAUCUCUUGACUAUUAUCGCAGGUAGCGCGCAUAUCCCGUUAUUGUAUAUUAUUAUAAUUAUUACUAUUAUAUUAUUAUUUGGAUUAUUAUCAUUAUUAUUGUUAUAUUAUCUCCAUAUCACCAUCCUGUCGAAAAAAAAGUACGAAUGUUUAAAACAAUUAAAAUAUGAACGUGGGAGAAAUUUUUGGUAUUUUGAAAAAUAUGCGACACUGGAACCUGAGGCCCAUUGCCAUUGUUAAUUUGCGCAAGCAGUGAUUCAAUAAACUUGUAUCAUAACAGAUAAACGACUCUGGUAAUUGAUAUCACAAUACUUCUCAUUUCGCUCUAUGUCCGCCGGAUGGUUAUCGUCCACGUCGCGAAAGCAAAAGAACGCAAACGAGAUCGACGACUUAAUUGCCGCAGUGACAUGAGAAUUUAUCGUGUAACCAAACGAUCGAGAGUACGUACACACAGGGUGGUACUUUCCAUUAUUCCUAUACAUAUGACACACACAUGUAAACGUAUGCACGCUACAUACACUUUCUUUCCGAACGGCACGGGUGAAAAUCGCAACGAAAUCGAACGAUGAUUUACGCGGUAAACAUGCAGAGUGUGCUAAUCGCGUUCGUUAAAGUAAAUGUUUUCUCGCACGUACACGGUGCGCAUGUUUACAAAUCGACAAACCGAGAACUUCGCAUCUGCGUAGUUGCCAAAGUCAGUCUCAGAGAUCGUAAACAGAUCAUUGUAAUUUUCAGGGAAUAUUCCGCAGUCAUAAAUGUCAUUAUGUUGUCGGCAAGUAAAUAAUAUGCUGGAAUUAAAAAUGCUUUACAGAGAUAACAACGUAAUUUUUCUCGGUUGGGAAAACGACUGGCUUCCGGAGAAUUACGAGGAAUUCGCUGCACACAUGGCUUGAAUUCACACAUUGACGUCGAGACGUCUCAGGGAGCGGCCUCGAAAGCGGAAACGUUCUCCGCGCCGCGCCGGUUAAAAUCAAGUUAAGUCACGAGGAUCGACACGGCAAAGUUGAAAGUAAAUCGGCGGUGCAUCCUUCCACUGCGUGAACACGCCACACGCCACGUCGCUUUUUGCGCGAUCAGUGCCGUUGCGUCACACAUCGAGCGAGACUGCGUCUGUGAUACGCACCGUCUAUUACCGGUGUCAACGUCAUUCGAGUCAAUGAGUAUUGUACAUAUCAGGCGAAACGUGACCGUUUGUCGAGCGAAAAAUAGUUUCAAUGAGUAGCCUUUGUAUCGAUUGCGAGCGUUAUCACUGAUAUUUCUGCUUAAUGCAGCUCGUCAUUGAGAAGGAUUUAAAUCGUGGGAAAAAAGGUAAUUAGAACUCGUGAUAAUUGUGUUGGAUAUAUAUCGAAAAUUCCGUUUAUGUUUAAAGGCUUACAGUCAGGCCGAACAGAAGAAUGCGUAGACUGAAAACUGAAUCUCUUUCAAAUGAACUUUUUGCGUCGACUGCGGUUUCUAUACCUAUACCUGCUAUUCAAAGAAACGCACGCUUUCAUCUUUCGAAAGCAACUGAAUAAACAUGAGUGACCAUUAAUUCUUAUAUGAUGUUUAGGCGUCAAUAAUACAUAUAAUUGUAAAACUGAUUAUAUUUCCGAAAUUCUUAAAAUUUAUUGUUAGUAAAAAAAACAACGGUGAUCUAUUUUUGCAGUUGGAUCGGCUCGAAAGCCGAACUGGCUGAAGGAAGUCGGCCUCGAGCGAUAUCUGCAACCUCGUAUUUGCGAUUCGGGAAAUCAGUCAUUCGACAGGUCGGCCGCUUUAUCAUGACGUAUGCCCGGCAAACAGGUGAUAAUGCCGAAAUGCAAUCUACUCUAAUUUUAACCACUGAACAAGAAGAACAGGUGCUGCAGUCGUUAUCAACUAAUGAGUGCAACGAUUGCGACGAGACACGAUUGGAGGAGGUAGAUUCGUCCUUAACUCACGACAUCGUUUUAGCUAAGGUGCCUAUGUAACAUAUAUAGACUUCUAAUUUUAGGCCAUCUUCGUUUACCCUCUCUCAUUUACGCAGCACGAUCGUUCGGUCUAGGAUUUAUUAGUCUACAACCGACAAGCGAAAUAAUAUUGCUUUUAUAUGUAAAAGAGAGUUUUAUUAACUGCCGUUUUUAUUUUUAAAUUCCAAUCGUUUCGGAAUUUAUGAUCAAUUUUGAUUAUUGCCUUCCAAAAAUACUUAUAUAUAAAAAUAAUUAAUUGCCAUUUAUAUUCAACUGACAAUGAAUGUAAAUUAAAAGACGAAAAACACGUAUCUCUCUGAACAGCAAAAAACACGCGACCGAUAGA